GCAUCGCCCAAAUUCUCCAUUCUCUCCCAGGACGACCGACGAUAUAUAAAUCAUGCUCCUCCGGCAAUCUCCGCCGGCGAUCCGAAAGCUACCCGACCCGAUAAGAUCCAUGGUUGCGGGUUGGGCCAGCCCAUUAGAACGAAACCCGCAGUCUCCGAAAGGUUGGAAGAAUCGCGAGUCGGACGGUAUCGGGUUGGGUGUGGUGUUGGUAACCCGACCCAAUAAGGUGCGAUGCGCACCGGAACCGAUUAGUAUCGGUUCCUACGGGAGAGCUUAUCAAUUUGGGCGCAGACGGAGUGCUUGUGAUGAGAACGGAGCGGAGAAGGAUCGCGGGUUAUUUUAUCGGUCGUCGAAGGCGACGGCCGGCGAUAUUUUAGGAGGUUUCCGGCCGGCGGAGUUUCUCAACUUUUGCUAUUUGUGUCGGAAGAAGUUGCAUGGGAAGGACAUUUACAUGUACAGAGGAGAGAAAGCAUUUUGUAGCGUUGAGUGUCGAUGUCAACAAAUCGCAAGCGACGAGUUCCACGAAAAGUGCAGAUCUGAAGCCUUGAGAGCUUGCGAUGCCUCAAGAUCAUCUUGUACCGAUGAUCAUCGGCUCUUUUUUACGGCCAUCUCUAUAGCAUAGCUACAGCGAGGAAAAAAAAUUUAUGUAGAGAAAUUUUUGUAACGCAAAGUUUGGUUAGCUAUCAACUUUUUUGUCAUAAAAAUAAUAAUAAUAUGGCGUAGUUGACCGAGCAAUGAAAACACAUUCCAGU